AUGACCGCGCCGCUGAGAGGUAUCUACACCGCGCGCGUUCUUUUGCAACAAAGCUCAAGGAAAACGACGUUCCAUACUGAAAAAUUUUCUAAACAGACGGUGGACGAGAGUGAUCCGAAGAAGAAGGACAGGGAGCCCAAGAAACGGUUAAACAGGAAUUCUGUAUCUGGUAAGCAAGUGGCGGUCGUUGGUUUACUUGCACUCGGCACCACAAUCCUGUCACUUUUGUAUUCGAAGUCCAAGCCAGUUGAGUUUUUAGAAGAAGAUCCAACACCCGCAGAGAUGACUGAAACCGCUGGGAGACCGAUCUUCACUCCAGAGGAGGUAUCUGUUAUUUUCGUCCUUGGUGGACCUGGUGCAGGGAAGGGCACUCAAUGUGACAAUCUGGUGCGCGACUACCAUUUUGUGCACCUAUCUGCUGGUGAUCUGUUGCGUGCGGAGCAGAACAGACCGGAUUCCGAGUACGGAAAGUUAAUUAAACAUUACAUCACGGAGGGGUUGAUUGUCCCCCAGGAGAUUACCGUGAAAUUGUUGGAGAAUGCCAUCCGUGACAACUUCAAGGAGGGCAGAACGAAGUUCUUGGUGGACGGGUUCCCAAGGAAGAUGGACCAGGCAAUCACUUUUGAAGACGUGAUUGUCCCAAGUAAAUUCGUUCUAUUUUUUGAUUGUCCAGAAGAGGUGAUGGAAAAGAGACUACUGGAACGUGGCAAGACGAGCGGGAGGGCUGACGACAACAUCGAGUCCAUCAAGAAAAGAUUCAAGACUUUUGUUGAGACAAGCAUGCCCGUAAUUGAGUAUUUCGAAGAGCAAAACAAAGUGAUCAAGAUCAAAUGUGACAAAUCUGUCGAAGAAGUCUACAACGAUGUUCAGCAACAGCUCAAAGGUAAAAUUUAA